UUCCGUCUUCUCCCAAGGCAGAGCCCGGCUGGUCGCGGGAGCUCAUCAUCCUCUGUCUCCGGCCAUCUGCUCGACGGAGUUCCUCGGAGGCAGCGAUGGUAUCGUUCCUGAAGGCGCUAGUGUACGGUGCGGGCGGAUUUGUGGUCGUCGGUAUGGCGGCGCUGGUAGCGUUGCAGGAACGGCUGGUUUACGUUCCGGUUCUCCCCGGGCUCGCCCGCGCCUACCCCAUCACGCCUGCGCGGCUUCGACUCGACUACGAGGACGUUUUCUUUCGUUCUUCGGAUGGUGUUCGCCUCCACGCCUGGUUCGUCAAGCAGUCUCCUUGGAAGCCAGGCCCAACUGUUCUUUUCUUCCAAGAAAAUGCUGGCAAUAUUGCUCACCGGCUUGAAUUUGUACAGAUAAUGAUGCAGAAGCUUCACUGCAAUGUGUUCAUGCUUUCUUAUAGAGGGUAUGGGGAAAGUGAUGGUUACCCAUCACAACAUGGCAUUAUAAUGGAUGCCCAGGCAGCAUUAGAUCAUCUAAUACAAAGAACUGAUAUUGACACAUCAAGAAUAGUGGUCUUUGGGAGAUCUUUAGGAGGUGCAGUUGGAGCUAUGCUUGCAAGGAAUAAUCCUGAUAAGGUUUCUGCAAUCAUAUUAGAGAAUACAUUCACCUCCAUCUUGGAUAUGGCUGCUAUCAUGUUUCCUUUCCUGAAAUGGUUUAUCGGUAGCAAUGGGCCUAAAGGCCCUAAGAUUCUUAAUUAUUUUGUUCGCUCACCUUGGAGCACCAUAGAUAUCAUUGAUAAGAUUGAACAGCCUAUUCUAUUUCUAUCUGGUUUGCGAGAUGAGUUAGUCCCCCCUUCACACAUGCAGAUGCUGCGCUCUAAAGCUAUAGAAAAUAACCGGGAUUGCAGAUUUGUGGAUUUUCCCAAUGGCAUGCACAUGGAUACAUGGUACUCUGGCGGUGACCGAUAUUGGAGAGCAAUCCAGUUGUUCUUAGAUCAGUAUGUUCCAGAGAUCAAAGAAUGCAACAUCAGCUGCAAAGUAGGUGAAGACAAAGAUGAGGCAGCAGGGUGAUCUUAAAUGCUAUAGACCAGCUCCAGUCUAGCAUGCAAACCAAACAUCAAAGAUGCCGCAGCAAUUCUGUAUUUAAAUGGGACCGAUAGCCCUCUCGUCAUGCUGUUUAUCCGGUCGGUUUAGCUAGUUUUUUGAGCAUGUCCAGAAGAUGUGGAAGUUGUGGCUAUGAUUAUCAGAUUUCCAAAAACUCAAUAUCGACACAUUUGUUUGCAUGAAAUAAGUCUUAGGGGAUGGAGUUUAACUGAGACAGGCAUCAUACUUGUAAUUCUUGUCAUUAAAUAUUGGCGAACAAUCCAGUUCUCAAAGAAUAUAAAGUAGAUAAACAAGGGUAAGUUACUGCAAUGUGCUCAUGGGUCUGGCUGUACCAGAAGCUUUAAAGUAGAAAUUCACUACCGUAUGGAUAGUUUCUCUAUUGUGCUCUUGCUCUUGUCCUAGUUAGUCGGUUAUUUUUCGAUCGACACAUAAAUCUUGGAUUAGAAGGGUAUUGUUUUGUUAUUUUACAUGUCCUGAAAUGUUUUUUUCUCAUGUAUACAUGUUUGUUUAUUGAGAUCGAAGCCACCUUGAAGAUCUACGGAAGUAAGACAAUAUUGAAGGUCA